AUGGGAAAUUGCUUUUUACAGGAGGAAGAGAAGAAUCAGAAAUCUUCAAUAAAAAAAGUAGAUAGUUUUCUAGCUCAAUAAAUUGAGAAAAGGAAUGAAAAAUCAAAGGUGACUUUGAAAGAUUUUUUAAGUUAAGGUGAAAUAGGAAGAGUAAUUAUUAUUAUUGAUUGAAAUGAUAGGGUAAAUUUGGUAAAGUUUUGAGAGUAAAAAUGAAAGGAAAAGAUAAUAGAGAAUAUGCAAUGAAGGUUAUUAAAAAAGCUGAUAUCUUAAAAUAUGGACUUGUAGAACAUACAAUGUUGGAAAAGAAUGUUUUAGGUGCAAGUAAGAAUCCAUUUGUUGUAAAAUUGAAAUACUCAUUUUAAACAGAGCAAAAGCUUUAUUUAGUGAUGGAGUAAAAUAUAUUUUAAUGAAGUUAAGAUUUAUUAAGGGUGGUUAAUUAGCUAAAGUAUUAAGAAAAAGAUAAUAAGGUAGAUUCACAGAAGAAUAAACUAAAUUUUGUGCAGCUGAAAUAAUAUUAGGUUUGGAAUAUAUGCAUAAUAUUCUAAGAGUAAUAUAUAGAGAUUUGAAACCAGAAAAUGUGAUGGUCACUGAAGAAGGACAUUUAAAAUUGGCUGAUUUUGGUCUAUCUAAAUAAUAUGAAAAUGAAGAAGCAAAAUUCUUUACUGUAUUAAAUAUAACUAAUAAAUAGCUUGCAGGAACACCUGAGUAUUUGGCUCCAGAAAUUUUAUUUAAUUAAGGUCAUAAUCAUAUGGUUGACUUUUGGUGUUUAGGAAUUCUAAUAUAUGAGAUGUUAGUUGGUUAUACUCCGUUUUGUGAUACUUCAGGAAACCAUAAAUCUAUAGAAAAUAAUAUCAAAAAUGGAUAGAUUACAUAUCCAAAAUUCAUGAGUGAUUAAUCUAAAGAUAUUGUGGAUAGAUUAUUAAAUAAAGAUCCUACAUAAAGACUUGGUUCAAAAAAUAUAUAAGAAAUAAAAGAUCACAAUUUCUUUUGUGAUAUAAAUUGGACUUAACUUUAUAAUUUAGAUAUACCAUCUCCUAUAUUAGAAAAUACUCAAGUUUAUGUAAAUUUAAAUAUUUGAUAAUUUACAUAGCCUUAAGUGAAGAAAGAUUAAUUUGGUAAAAGAAUCUAUGAAACACCUUCAUCACAUUUUAUAGAAACAAAUGGUGAUUUUAAUGGUUUCUCGGCAGCUUAAGAAUGA